AUGCGAGUCCAGAGCUAUGCUACCAAGCAAAGAAUCGACGGUCCGAGAGCGCGCGCUGAUGCCGAUGCACGCGGUCGACUUGGCUUUUACACCUUGACCAAGCAGCAAGGCAUACAUAAUAUAGAGCCUCAUACUGCUAUGAGCAUCUAUGAUGAUUUCGUUGCGCAUAAGAAGACUAUGUCCCAUGGCAAGAACGUUUUGCGUAUAGUAAAUAAGUACAACGUCUCACUAAACGAUGUAGCAUCUCUUGCGAUCGUCACUUUCAAGGUACCCGAGAUUAGCGAUGCAGCGAUAAGAGCUCAGUUGCCUCCAAGUCAACACAAGAAUACCGCCGGAAUGAUACUCCAAGGAUGUGCACAAGUUGAGGACCCUCUAGCGAUAGUACACAUCUUGACUGCCGUCUACCUUGGCAGUUCGGGCAAUAGUUCUGCUCACGCGAUUGCAAAACUGUUUCCACAGCAGGAAAUAACUCAGUAUCGCCAGUCCCUUGAUGCGAUUAAUCUGCAGUCCCUGGAAAAAAAUCCUGGCUUGGUUCUGGACGUUUUAACUCUACGAGGACUCUUCCUAGAGCAAGCAGGACAAAAGCAGGAGGCUAAAAAGCUGUAUCAAGAAGCCAUUACGCCUGCGGCUCUCAAAUUUCAACCUGGACAAUCAACACAUGCAAUGAAACUGCCUCUCAUAGCACCGUGGAAUGCGCUUGGCAACCUACUCAAGACGGACAAAGAUCCUAAAGCACAAGCAGAAGCCAAAUUCUAUUUCCAAAAGGGCGCUCUCGAAGGUGAUGAUCCGCUUUCAUACUACGAACUUGCAGCCUUUGAGCCGAGAACAAGCGAGAAGUGGCUGCGAUACAUCAGCAAAGCAGCAGCCUCCGGUCAUAAGCAAGCCAUACUGAACCUCACUAGCUUCUAUCAAGAAGUGGCAGCAGCAGACUCUCCUAUUCUCAAAAGUAGUAGCAUACAAAAAGCGCUCAACUGGGUGCUAAGCUGGAGACACGGCAGCACUGCGGCGUUGGCGCGAGAGUGGCAACAAGUCGCGUCCGUCAUCGGCCACAAACCUUCAAUGUUGCAGCUUGCGGAUUACUACGACUCUAUCGGUAACAACGAACGAGCCAGAGAUUACUUGCGUCAAAUAAUCGAAGCUCCGAGCAUGGCCAAUCAGAGAGAAGAGUCGCCGCAACUCCUGCAACUUGCGAGGAAGCGACUUGCUGGAGUCCGGUAG